CUGAAUAAGACGUUCAAUAUGUCUAAGCUGUUUGUAAUAGUUAUGGUUGCCACGUAUUGGGUUUAUUUUAUACAUAGUGAAGUCGUAAAAAGGGAAGUAUGUAAGGAAAACGAAAUCAGCGUAGAAUGCGCGCACUGUGGGCCGAAAACAUGUGAAGACUUGGGCCACCCUAUACCUUGUGGGGGGGCCACAUCACUGUGCAGACCGGAAUGCGUGUGCAUAGAUGGGAUGGUACGCGACACUAACGGGACUUGCAUACCGAAGAAGGACUGUUCAAGUUGCGCAGGAGACUUUAAUGCGACAUCAGGUUGUGGUAACCAUUGUGGGAGAUCCUGUUCAGACUAUAAGGAAGUGAAUAAGACCUGCUAUAGCGGCUGUCGGUACAACAGCUGUGAUUGCAAACCUGACUACGUGUACCAUGAUGGAUUGAAGAUCUGCGUAUUGCCUGAAGACUGCUGAAAAAUUUUUCUUCCACAAACUCCGAAUGAAGAAUUCCGGGAACUUGGGAAUUUGGAGUGGAAAAUAUUGAAGAAUGAAGUUCUACCCUCGGAUGUAAUUAAGGGAUAUUGUAAUGAAGACUGACCAGCUAAGUAAGAAUUGUAUAAAAUAAAUCUUAAGCUAAGAAAAAUAAACGC